CAGGCAUCCGUCAUUAGUUGGGUACCAUCCUCCGACUCUGACUCCGAGGUUACGACAUCGCAACUUUUCCUCUCUUUCCAACCAACGAAACUCAACCCCAAACAAACCCCAGGAGAGCCACAUUUCUUCAGCUCUCCCUAGCAACGACAGCCGAGGAUCCCGUUCCAUUUCGCACGCCUAUUCUCCGAUUUGCUACUCGUACCACGUUGACGUCUUCCCCACCACUCACACGCAUCACCCACUUUCCGAGCUUUCGCAAUGGCUGGCAAGAAGGGUGACAACAGCAAGAAGGUAGCGGGCAACGCUCGCAAGGCCGAGGCCGCCGCCCAGAAGCAGGCCGCAAACGACGCCCGUCAAGAAGCUGCCGAGGAGGAGAAGUGGAACAAGGGCGCCAAGAACAACUCCAAGAAGGAAGCUCAAGCAGCCAAGGCUGCUGAGGCUGAGAAGAAGAAGGCCGAGAAAGCUGCUCUGCAGGCUGAAGACGACGCCAACACCCCCGGAAAGGCCCCCAAGAAGUCCAAGGCUCCAGUUAAGAAGUCGCGCGGUCUUGAUCUUGCGCAGCUCGAUGGUGACGAUAAGCCUUCUGCUAUCAGCGCAUCCGGCAUCGACAACGCUCUCGACGCUCUGGCUCUGACAGGCGGCAAGGACGACAAGGUCGACCGACAUCCCGAACGCCGAUACCCCGCCGCAUAUGCCAAGUACGAAGAGCGACGACUGGAAGAGAUGAAGAAGGACGGCAGCGGUGUCGGUUUGCGCCUGGAUCAGAGGAAGACCAGAAUCAGGAAGGAGUUCGAGAAGCACCCCGACAACCCUUUCAACCAGGUCACGGCUUCGUAUAACGCUACGAGGGAUGACGUGGCCACGAUCAGGGCACAGGAGAAGGCCAAGAUCGAGCAGCGCCUCGGACACUAAUCUGGACUUUGUUUCUUUUAUUGGCAUUGCGGGAUACCAUCAUGAGAAGAAGACAUACAUGCAUGGUUGAGGGUUCAAAAGUUUCAUGACGGAGUACUUGCUUGGGAAUAGACCAUGGCUUGCAUCUUACGAAGAUCAAGGUGCUGCUACGAAUUACGAUUAUGAGUCUAUAGGAAGGUACUCAGAAAAAAGGAUUUGAAUAGACAAAUGCUUCUCA